AUGACGUCAUGGCUCACAACCUCUGCAGAGGAAAUAAGAAGGCAGCUUGAACAGCUGACCAGCAAGGGUGAAGAAAAACUGAAAAUCGAUGAUGUGGGCCUGGGAGCUCUCUUUGAGCAUGGGCAAGCGGUGCUUCGUGCCAGCGCGGAGAGCGCAGCAGAACAGGUCCAGCAAUCAGUGCAGCGUCUCGCGAGCGAGGCUGAUGAAGGCCUGCAAAGCGUUCGGGGCAGCUUUGCAGCUUCAAUUGGAGGGUGGGGUCAUCGAGCGGCUGCGGAUUUGCAGUCCAGCGAUUUGAUCAACUUGUACGCCAGCGAAUUAGACUCCUUCACGAGCAGCUUCAUCGAAGGUGACGGAGACACACAAACAGCCGCCACAGCUGCUCAAACUUUGUCGGUGUGGAAUCAACGGCUGCAGAGUGACUAUGACAGUGAAGGACAGCGACUUGCAGCUCCGGGGCUACGUGGUCUUUUGCAUACAGAAUGUUUGCACACGGUUCUGCGCACCUUGACCUCAGGUGGGCGCCGCCGUCCACUCCUGGGCCGUGCAGCAGCAGUUGCAGCUGAGCAGGCUGAUGGAUCCCCUCGACGUCGAGCUUCAAGCACAGCAGAGGUGUUGGAGAGCAAACCCAUCGACUCAAACCACGUUCCUUCUGAAGCUGUUGUCGGAGAGCAGCUUGCGCAUUUGAUGUUGCGAGCAUCAGAAGCUCCUGAGGCUUUGAUCGCGCAACUGCUCACCUUGCUGGCGGAAGCAGCAGAGGCAGCUGAUCGAUGCGGAGGAGCUUUGUCUGAGGAAAAGAACCCCGCAGAGGAGGACGUGGGCUGGGUUGUGAACCUGGUUUUGGCUACUCUGGCAGAGAAAAGCGAGGCUGAUGCCUUGGCCUCGCAACGUUUGAGCGAAGCUUUGCGGUCAGCGUUGGACAACUUUUCCAAGGCUUCUGAGCUUUGUGAUAAGUCCAGUACGCCACAACAUCUCGCGACCAGCAAAGCUGCGCCGUUUGCCGGUGGUGGUCGGCCAGACAUAGGUAGCAACGUUUGGGCUUGCUGGCCUGUAGAUGGCCACUGGUAUCGUGCCAAAGUUCGAGGCUUCGCACCUCGGGACCGCGUGCGGGUAUCCUGGUGCUGCAAGGAGGAAGGACAAGAAGGACACGAAUGCGUUCCUUGCGUGGAGAUUUCUGAUGUUGAUGCCGAGCUCUUCAACGAAUUGAGCAGCUCUUCUGUGAUGCGCGUCGAUGCAAGUAUUCGGCGGCCUCCAGCCGUUUUGGCACAGGUGCCUCCAGAGAAUGUGUGGGCACAGGCCCUGCAGAAGGUCGAAACUCACGGCAGGAAUUUCCAAGAGCUGCGGUGCAUAGGAAAGCAGUUGGACUUUCAUCUGGACUGGGCCAACACUGUUUCUGGCGAUGCAGACGCCAAAGAGGAAGAAGAACCAUCAGUCUGGCGCUACGUGCCAGAUGAUGGCUGCCAUAUAGACAUUCGGUCAGUUCCUGCAAUUGCUGGCAGCAGGACUCAUGAGCGCCUUAUAGCUGGAGAGGUUUUUCGGGUCUCUGAGACGUUUGAGGGCGCUGAUGGCACCCUCUACCUGAAGCUCGCAGAUGGCCGGGGCUGGGUGUUUGAGAGCAAAGCUGGAAUUGGAACUCUGUGCGUACGGUGUCAGUCCGAUAGUGAGUCGGAGGGGCAUUCUGAGGAACUCAGCGAGACUGACCAUCCGUUCAAAGUGCUUAUGGCAGAUGGCUCCAAAGAAGCAGCAGCUGCUGCGGAAAGUGUUGUUGCAGCAGGUUGGUGGGCUGUGGUUGGAAAGGAGCACUCACUGCUCUUGCAGCUGGAGGACCCUGCAUGUGUUUCGCAUAUCGGCCUGUGGUGCGCCAAUGUGGGGGCAACACCAUUGGAGAUUGAGAUUUCUGAUGCUCGGCCACACUUUCCUGACCUUUGCUUUGCUGAGGAACCAAAUGAUGUUGACCUUCAGAUUGAGCAAAAAGACCCUGUGGUUCACAAGGUGGAUGCGGGGUGUGGCAAGAGCGAGGACGAAUGUCACUUCUUUGACAUCAAAGACUCGUGCAACACAUAUGCCAUCAAAAACUUGCUGCUGAAGUUCAGGGGCAUCCACAACAGCCAUUAUAUUGGGGUCAACCGCUUGCGAAUCUUUCACGAGGAGACUGAGAUCAAGUAUCAAAUCGUGGCAGCAGAUUCGAGCAAUUCAGAGAAUGUGACCAAGACAGGUGGUUGGUGGGCGACUACUGGGCAGGAGCAUUUCUUGGCUUUGGAGUUUGAAAAAGCAACACCGAUCACAUCCAUUGGCCUUUGGUGUGCCAAUGCGGGUGCAACCCCGAAGGAGCUACAUGUAGUCAGUGAUAUGGCCUGGGUUGAAGAUUUGACAAGUCUCCUGGAAAGCUUGGCCAAUGACACAUCACGCUCUUUAGGGAAGAAUGCCCUGGACAUGAUCGAAAGAAAUUCAGGCCUUUUGGUCGGCCUUGCUCAGGGGAAUGAGCGCCUCCGAUGGGCACUCAUGGUGCAAGUCUUGGCCGGCGAAGCUCCAAAAUUUCCCAUCAAACAGAGCGAUGCUUUGGGCCGACUCCAAGCUCGUCUCUUCUGCGAGACUGAGUUGCAGGGUGGCAGCCUGAGUCAAAAGUCAAAAGGUAUCACGGGUUUGGGCUGGCAGGCGUUUCCGACAGGGAAGAUGCCUUCGCUGGAGGAGACAUCUGUGGAGGUGGAGUCGCGGUUGCUUUGGCCUUCCAAAGACCAUGGUCCAGAAUGGUUGGGGACUGGCCUGUAUGUGCCACCUGGCGGCAAAAUUUGCGUUAGUUCUGGUGGCGACAUAAAGGGUUGGUCAGUGAGGAUCGGUGCACAUACUGAUGAUAUCAGUGGUAGAGAUGUUUGGCAGCGAUGGCCACGAGUUAGCUCCCUUGUGCCUCUGACCGGCUCAUCACAGAUAUCUAUGUACACCCCCUUCGGUGGCAACGUCUACCUGGUGCGUUGCAGCAAGGCGUCGAAGGAUUUGAAGGCGACCUUCUCUGGGAACUUGGUGCAGCAGCCUGCCGUAAGCAUUGAGAAAGGAGUCCAUGUGGAUCUCAAAAGCCCCGGUGGAUGGGUAGACUGUGAAGGUCGAAAAGUGAUACUGACCCUGCCAGUUCAUGCAGUGCGCACUGCCAUGGAAGCUGGAGCAGAUAUUGUGGGGGCACUAGACUUCUAUGACAGGCUUUGGGCUUGUUACCAUGAGUUGAGCCCUCACACUGAUCCAAGACCGCAACGAAUUGUCCCAGACAUUGAAAUCUCGGUGGGCUUCAUGCAUUCAGGAUAUCCGGUCAUGACACACUUCGAGGGUGUGCUGGACACGAGUGAAGCCUACCCCAUUCCCAAGGUCUUGGAUGUAGCCCGUCUCAAGAAGGAGGGAAGCUGGGGUCUUUUCCAUGAGCUGGGCCACAACAUGCAGAGGAAAUCUUGGACAUUCAAAGGAACCGUCGAGGUCACUGUGAAUCUUUUUACCCUUUGGGGCAUUGAGAAGUUGUGCGACCCCAUGGAGAAACCGCACCGCAGCUACAGCACGGAGAUGCCUAUGGACUUUGUCGCAUCAGGAUCUCCAAGAGCCAAGUGGGACAAUGACCCCUUCCUGGCACUGCGGACGUAUGCCCAGGUCAUUUCCACCUUUGGUUGGAAGGCACUUCAAGCGACAUUCAAGCGUUAUGCUGAAGAAGGUGAGGUGCCUCGAGACUAUGCCAAACAAGUGAGUUCAUUCGUGCACACUUGGUCCAUUGAACUUGGACGUGACAUUCGGCCUCAUUGGCGACACUGGGGCUUCUAUGAAGAGUUGAAAGAUGCAGAUCCGGAGCUGGACAAGUUGGAGCCCUGGAGUUUUGCAGAACGGGCAGAGACCCUUGGCAGCUUUGCUGCAGAUUGUGAGGAGGAAGUGAAGACGUUUGAGGACCAGAUCUCGUCUAGUACUGCUGCCAUGGCAGGAGAACUUGAGGCUUUGCACCGAGAGAGGGCUCUCACUGCGCGCCGCGCCGAUGGCCUGCGCAUGCGAAGAGAAGAGCUGCUGGUGCAGCUUCGCUUGGUGGAGGAAGAGAUACAAGAGGUGGAAUCUGCUGAUGCAGAGCUUAAUCGCAGAGAGUCUCAGCUCAAGAACAGCAUGGCUCGGGUUUCCAAAGAACUGGCCGAGCAGCUUGAAACGUCUCAGGAGAAUGGCCUGGUGGCCGCAUGCAGACAACGGGUCCUUCUUUCCACCAUCGAAGCCUCCAAGUCUGUGGCCGAACAGAUCACUCAACGAGCUGCGGUUGCUGCCAAUGCGGUCCAAGGCCGUAAAAGGCUGAGCGGCCAACAAAAGAAGGUGACUUCUGCCCUGCUGGAAAGUGACAGAGCAAGAUACCACGAACUACAAGAGAUGAUCUCCAGCUGGCAAGAGCUGAUUUGGGGUCCUGGCAGUGGCAUUCUGGUUGCCAACCCCUCGGCUUCGGUGGCCCUUCAUGCAGCCCAUUUGCAGGCAGUUAGCCUUGUUGAGGACUCGCAACGUGAAGCUGAAGAGCCCCUUGGCCAUGUGCGGUAA